GGAGGUAACGCGACGCACAGACCCGGCUGGCCAUAUUGUGCACGAGCUCCCCGGUAAAUCGGCUGCGUCACACCUUAAAAACACUCAGGAGCGCUGGAAGCACAGAGCCAGCACAUCAGGAGAAAUACGGUGUUUUAAAACGCUCCAUACAACUGAACUGGUUUGUGCUUUUUCGAGAAAGGAAAAUGGUUAAACUAGGAAAUAAUUUCAGCGAGAAAAAUAACGGGAAGGUGGUUUCUGAAGACGGUUUUGACACCAUUCCUCUUAUAACACCGUUAGAUGCCAGUCAGCUGCAGUUCCCUCCACCUGAUAAGGUGGUGGUAAAGACAAAGGCAGACUAUGAUGGGGAAGGCAAGAAGGGAAAGCUACGAUCUCCCAAAAUUGCGGAGUUCUCCAUAAGCAUCAUUGAAGGUGUAUCUGAGAGACUCAAAGUGACCUUGCUGGUGAUAUGUGCCCUGGCUUUCCUGGUUUGUGUGGUGUUUCUGGUCGUCUACAAGGUUUAUCAGUAUGAGCAGCCCUGCCCUGACAGCUUUGUUUACACGCAAGGCCGCUGUAUGCCUGCUGGGAUGUAUGGCGGCUACCCCCCUCAGGGUCCUGGGGGCCGCGGACGCCUCUUCACCCUCAUCAACCACUACAACCUCGCCAAGCAGACCAUCACUCGUUCAGUGUCUCCGUGGAUGACUAUCAUGUCUGAGGAGAAGGUCACACAGCAGGAGACGGAGACGGCCCAGAAACUGGCUUAACCAACCUGAGAUGAGGAGGUGGUCUCACCUGCUGCAGAGAUAAAUGAAUAAACAAAUAAAUAAUGUGGUCGUGCCAUUCAAGCAAACCUCAGAGAGUCCCGUGACUUUCUGAAGGUGAAAAAAAUGACUUCUCUUGUUGCCUGAGGUGCUCUGCUGCCUUGUUGAUGUAGUUUGGUCUGCUGAUGUGUGCUGUAGCAGGAAAUCUGUGGAAGCUUUGAACAAGCCUUGCAGUUUGGUGGAUUCAUGGUUUGUUUGAAUAGCAUAUGUUGUUAUUUAUUUACACUUCAAAACAGGGUGGCGGAGGUGUAUAAAAAAGCCACUGGAAUACAAACACAGACACACACUCACUGUCUUUGUACAUACACACAAGUAAGAGAACUCACUUUAGUACUCACAUUGUGAAAUGACUGUGAACCAUCUCUCGUCUGCGUUGCUAGUGUGAACAUACAUGCACGCAGGAUUAAAAAAUGGUUUGCUUUGAAUCUUCUUUCCUUUCAAACACAUGAAGUACUGUUAUUGCAUGUCAGACCUCAGCCAGUGGUAAAAUCUCCAUGAAGCUUUCAUGGUUCACAGUUUGCAGCAUUUUUACCCCUGAGGUCGUCUGUAUCAAACUAUGUAACUGUCAUAUUGUGAAUACAUGGGAAUUGACCUGAAGGAAACCUUUUAACCAGCGAUAAAAUUACAAAUAUAAAGUAGUUGUUUUGAUACAGCCCAGACUGAUCUCAAUGUAAGGUGCUGUUUAGGAGUUUUUAGUCUAUGAAUCAUCAUAUCUUUGAACCAGCAUUAAUGAUUGUCUCCAUUCAUUUAAACUCUCUGUGAAACCACGUGCUUUUCUUUACUGACUCACAUAAUGGUUACUUUUCUCAGCAUAAAUUUGAUGCUACUGUACUGAAUGUUUUUUGCAUUUCUAGUGAAGACACUGUAUUGUGCAAUGCUUCGCAUUGAUAAAUGUCACCAUUACAGAUGGCUGUCUGUAGUCAUCCCUGAUUCUAGACUUAGGUUGAUGUAGUGAAACAAUCUGACAGCUGUCGCUUGUCCUGUUGCUUUUUCUGUAAUUGUCUUUUAACUUAAAAUGUCACUAAUUCUGUACAUUUUUCAAACAAUGUAACAAUUACCAUUGAAGUGCAUUUGCUACAUAAAAAUGUAAAUGAAAAACUGAAAUAAAGUGCCCACAUUUCA